AUAGCAUGUUUGCAGAGACCAUGACCACUGCCCGUCUCAGCUCUGCCCGUCUCAGCACUUGCCUUCCUCAGAGCAACCAUGAUUCAGCCAAUUUCAAUAACAACGAACUGGAGAAUAACCAAGUGGUGGCCAAAAUUGCAAACCUAAACCUAAGUCGGGUACCAGGACUUGCGACAGACAACCACAUCAUCCCCUGUUGCCCGAACCGGCGGCAACAUGCCCAUGGAGUCCCAGCCUUCCUGGACACAGACCUGCGAUUCCAUCCCACCCGCGGACCUGACGUCACCUUUUCUCAGGACCGGAUGGUUGCAUGCACCAACUGGCAAGAAAGCAAUAGGACUUUGGUGUUUUCUGACCGGCCUUUGCACAUUGGUGAAAGCCUCUUUGUGGAAGUAGGACAUCUUGGGUUGCCAUACUAUGGGGCCCUUUCAUUUGGCAUCACUUCUUGUGAUCCGAGUACUUUACGGACAAAUGAGCUCCCAGCAGAUCCAGACUUUCUCUUGGAUCGCAAGGAGUACUGGGUGGUUUACCGAGCGUUCCCGGUCCUCAACAACGGCGACAUUCUCAGUUUCAUGGUCUUGCCGAACGGGGAGGUGCACCAUGGGGUGAAUGGAGGCAGCCGAGGGAUGCUGAUGUGUGUGGACACCUCACAGUCUCUCUGGGUGUUUUUUACCAUCCAUGGUGUAAUUAACCAGCUCAAAAUACUGGGCACUGUGCAGUCCAGCCCAGGGACCGUCUCUCCCUCAGGAUCACCCGGUGGCUCACAGUAUGACAGCGACUCGGACAUGGCCUUCAGCGUGAACAGGUCGUCGUCUGCUUCAGAGUCAUCACUGGUGACCGCUCCCAGCUCCCCCCUAAGCCCCCCCAUCUCUCCCGUCUUCCCCCCUCCGGAGCCAUCAAGCAGCAAGAACGGGGAAUGCACUGUUUGCUUUGACAGCGAGGUGGACACGGUGAUCUACACCUGCGGACACAUGUGCCUCUGCAACACCUGCGGUCUUAAGCUGAAGAAGCAGCUCAACGCCUGCUGCCCAAUCUGCCGACGGGUCAUCAAAGAUGUUAUUAAGAUAUACCGCCCGUAG